AUAAAUUUAUAGAAAAAAAACCCGUCCGAAUUUCUUAAAUACAUAGAAAUUUACAAACAGAAAUAAUCCUAAACCAAAUCAAACAUGGAGCCUUUUUAUCAUUACAUCAGCAUUAGUCUACUAGUCACCAUACUGCAUUUCUCCAAUACACACGAGCAUACGGAUGGUUUUAAGCCAGAUGGUGAAAUACUACGUGUGUUGGUUAAUAGUUCUGCUCAAAUUAAAUGUGAUGUUGGCUCAAGUUUACCAGAUGAUAAAGUACUUUUAGUUGUAUGGUAUAAAAAUAAUUUACCCAUAUAUAGUUAUGAUACACGUGGUGCCCAUGCGGGGACACCGUCACACUGGCGUGAUGAAGAAGUUUUAGAAGAUCGUGCUGUAUUUCAUACACAUCGUGAGCCAGCUGAAUUGAUUUUAAAUCCUGUGCAGAUAAAAGAUGCUGGCAAUUUUCGGUGUAGAGUAGAUUUUAAACUUUCUCAAACUCGCAACAGCAAUGUCAAUUUGGAGGUGGUUGUGCCACCACAACUACCCAUAAUUUUAAAUGAACGUCGUGAUGUCAUUGAUUCACGUGCUGGCCCCUAUGAAGAGGGUGGCAGUCUGGAGGUGAUAUGUGUGGUUUCUGGUGGUUCACCGCCUCCCACCGUUACAUGGCUUAUGAAUGGACAAAUACAGAACAGCGUUGUCGAUUACACGUAUAUCGAUAGCAUAAGUACGAUAAAUAGCAAAUUAGUGGUACGAAAUUUGUCACGAAUACACCAGCAUGCGGUUUAUACGUGCCAGGCCAGUAAUUUUCACAAGAAAUAUGUCGCCACGAAUGUAACAAUUGAACUGUACUUGCGUCCUUUAUUAGUAGAAAUCUCAUUUAAUAAUCAACCCAUGUCAGCAGAUCGUAAAUAUGAAAUUGAAUGCCAGGCCAUUGGUUCUAGGCCACCGGCAAAAAUUACCUGGUGGAUGGGCAAUGUGGAGUUGAAUGGCCAUAGCCAAAAGGUAUCAGAGGAUGGCAAUGUUAGUACAUCAGUGCUUUCUAUUACACCCACACGAGAGGACCAUGGUAAGGCUUUAUCCUGUCGAGCCACCAAUGAACUAGUGAGAAAUGGCAUACGGGAAACGGCCAUGAAAUUAAAUGUGUUUUUUAACUGUGCUUACAAAGUUUCAGACUUGUAUUGGUCUUUGUAG